GAAGAAUACUGACUCAUCACGCAAAUACUGACGUCACGCUCAUGCUGGCUGGAGCAGAAGGACUGUCGUGCUCGCGUAGUCUGUGCUAAAACGGUAUUUUAUGUUUUGCAUAUUUGUAAAGUUAAAAACAUAUUUGGCAUUUUCGCUUGAUAGUUACAAUUAACGCUAUAUAUAAUAUAUAUAUAUUUGCAAAGUUGUAGCAAUAAGUAACCGGUCUCAUGCGAUCAGGCGGCUAGGCCUCGUCUGCUCCGCAGUGUUUCGAAGCAAGAAUGCAUCCUUCUUGGGGCGGUUACGGAGGGGGACACCAGCCUCCCCCGCACGUCGGCCCGCGGCCGCAUCAGUUCAGAGCAGCUCAGCCUCCAGGAGGAGGACAUGCUGGAUAUGGAGCUCCAUCUAUUACAGGGUCAUCUAAUUUCUCUAGUUUUCACGAACAACAUUUGCAACAGAUGCAGCAGUUGCAGCAGCUCCAUCAAAAGCAACUUCAGUCUGUACUGCACCACCCCGGCGGCAGCGGUGCUGGAUUUGGCAGCGGCCCUCCAUCAUACUGGCAAGCAAGCGGCGCUGUUCAUUCAGCGCCCCCAAACAAUUUUCAAGAUCCAUUAUCCAUAAAAGCUUCUGCGGGCCUUCCUCAGCUUCCACUGUCGGAACUGAAGCCUCCACCCCCCGAGUCGUCAUUUUCAUCUGCAGCGCAGAACCAAGCUCCAAAACCAAAGGUUAGCGAUGCCAGUGGGUCGGAAGCGGAUACAAAGCCCGACUUUUCUUCGAUGUCUCAACAGGAGCAGCAGGACUAUUGGUACGAGCAGCACCGUCAGAAUUUACAGAAGCUUAAAAAUGAAACGUCGAAGCAGAACCAGAGUUUAGUCAGUAACUCGUCAGGUGGGAACUCUGACCCAGCCCGCCCGCAGCAGGAGGUUGCUUGCUUAGUGAUGGAUGGAAUGCCUGUUCCUCAGCCAAUGGGGGAAGAAGGAGGGGCAAAAAAUAGCACGCUGACCCACCUAGGGGGGGGAACGGUGCUUUCGCAGGCGUAG